CCCGCAGAGGAGGAGCUGCACGCUGGGAGUUAGCGCGCCCGCAACGGCUGAAGGAAGUGGUCGGGGCCCGCUGGGCCCGGAGCUGCCGGAACACCGGGCGGGAGGUCCCGUGCGGAGCCGAUCCCCCGGGUCUAGGUCUCAGCCCCGCGCGCCCUCAAACGCCGUCGGCACUUGGAGCUGUGUCUGUGUCCGGGAUCCCACAGGAAGCGCUGGAAGCCAGAGCUGCCUCUGGACUGGGGGCCGCUGGAGGGGACAGCGCACAGCUGGCCCGGGGGUCGCGAGAGGCCGUGCUGCCCGCCGUCGAGCCGCCGGGGGUGGCCCGCGACCAUGCAGCUUUGACGGAGAGCUCCGGUGCGCGGGGACCCGGCACGGGGCGCAGGCAGCACCACCGCCCGGCUGACGCUGUCGCUGUCGCCCAGCCGGGAGCGCAGCCGUUUACCAUGGAGCCCGUGACCAAGUGGAGCCCCAAGCAAGUGGUGGACUGGACGAGAGGGUUAGAUGAUUGUCUCCAGCAGUAUGUCCACAAGUUUGAGCGGGAGAAGAUCAAUGGGGAACAGCUACUGCAGAUUUCCCAUCAGGAUCUGGAAGAGCUGGGCGUCACACGAAUCGGACACCAGGAGCUCGUAUUGGAGGCUGUUGACCUUCUCUGUGCACUGAAUUAUGGCCUCGAAACAGAUAAUAUGAAGAACUUGGUUCUGAAACUGCGCGCUUCUUCCCACAACUUGCAGAAUUACAUAAGCAGCCGGCGGAAAAGUCCAGCGUAUGAUGGGAACACAUCACACAAGCCCCCCAAUGAGUUCCUGACGUCUGUGGUGGAGCUCAUUGGGGCUGCUAAAUCCCUGUUGGCUUGGCUAGACAGGACUCCAUUUACAGGGAUCACUGAUUUCUCAGUAACAAAGAACAAAAUCAUUCAACUUUGUUUGGAUCUGACCACUACAGUGCAGAAGGAUUGCCUUGUAGCAGAAAUGGAGGAUAAAGUUUUAACCGUAGUCAAGGUUUUAAAUGGAAUCUGUGACAAAACAAUCAGAUCUACUACAGAUCCACUCAUGAGCCAGUGUGCUUGUCUGGAGGAGGUUCACCUGUCCAACAUUAAACCUGGGGAAGGCUUGGGCAUGUACAUCAAAUCAACCUAUGAUGGAUUGCACGUGAUUACCGGAACCACAGAGAAUUCUCCUGCAGACAAAUCUCAGAAGAUUCAUGCUGGUGAUGAAGUUAUUCAAGUUAAUCAGCAGACUGUGGUGGGAUGGCAGCUAAAAAAUCUGGUGAGAAAAUUGAGAGAGAACCCCACGGGGGUUGUGUUACUGCUUAAGAAGCGCCCCACAGGUUCUUUCAACUUUACUCCUGCUCCCCUGAAAAACCUCCGGUGGAAGCCGCCGCUUGUGCAGACCUCACCCCCGCCCACGACAACCCAAUCCCCUGAAAGCACGAUGGAUACCUCGCUGAAGAAAGAGAAGCCUGCCAUCCUGGACCUUUACAUCCCUCCCCCACCGGCCGUCCCCUACUCCCCACGGGACGAGAAUGGGAGUUUUGUUUAUGGAGGCAUCGGUAAGAGCAAACAGCCAGUGCCUGGCCCUAAGGGUUCAGAGUCCCCCAAUUCCUUCUUGGACCAGGAGAGCCGACGACGACGAUUUACCAUUGCCGACUCCGAUCAGUUGCCCGGGUACUCGGUGGAAACCAAUCUUCUGCCCACGAAAAUGAGGGAGAAAACACCGUCUUAUGGCCGGCCCCGUCCUUUGUCCAUGCCUGCGGAUGGGAGCUGGAUGGGGAUCGUGGACCCUUUUGCCAGACCUCGUGGGCAUGGGAGGAAAGGUGAGGAUGCCCUGUGCCGGUAUUUCAGUAACGAGAGGAUCCCCCCCAUCGUUGAAGAGAGCUCCUCUCCAUCCUACCGCUUCUCAAGGCCCACGGCCGAGAGGCACCUGGUCCGUGGGGCAGACUACAUCCGGGGGAGCAGGUGCUACAUCAAUGCGGAUCUCCACAGCAGCGCCACCAUUCCAUUCCCAGAGGAAGGGACCAAAAAGAAACCUGUUUCCUCCUCCGCCAAGUCCUCUUCCACUGAGCCAUCACUCCUGGUCAGCUGGCUCACUCGGCUGAAACUGUUGACUCACUGAAGACACCCUCUUUGGGCUCCUCUUUGGCCCCUGCUGCCAAGUGCCUUGGUUCCUCAGUCGACAGACCUCUUCUUAUUUUCAUCCACAGUAUUACGUAGCGACCUCCUGUAGUUUCAUUUUCUUUGAAAGUCAUAUACUGCCCUUCUUGGAAUUUCAAACACGUUGGAUGGGAACGGGUCCCAAGGAUCAUAGGUAGUGGCCUGUGGUGGCAGAACGAGGAUAAUGAGGAGAGUGCUUUUUUUGCUUCACAAGAGUGGAAAACAGAGUCCGUCUGUGAGGGUGGAGCUUUGGGUGGCUGCUGUGGACGGUCGUGGGCUGGAAUGUAUGGUCCUCACAAGGAGCUGGGGGCACAGUUUGCUUUGGGGGGCGCUAAAAAUGGUGGGGCAUUCUCUUGACACAAAGAUGUGUUGGCUUCUGGUCCAAUGUCUUCACCUGAAAAAGCCAGUGGAGAAAAUGUUUUGUCUUGAUUUCUAAAGCUAUAUACCAUAUUUGUAAGUAUAGCAGCUUUGACUUUGAAAUAACAAGUGGGAAGUGUCUGAUGCUCUUUCAAAGCGGAGGUUUAAGUGUAGGUCUGUUCCACUUGGUUAAUCCCCUUUCCAUAAAAUCUCAGUACUGUAUAGGUCAGUUAAUACAGAAUCACCUGAACACGUUUAGAUACAGAUUCUUACUUGCAAGGAAUUUUGUUGUUAUUUGCCAGGGGUGUCAUUGAUUGUUGUUAUAUAUUAUUGUCUUUAAGGGAAAAAAGCUAUACAAUUUGCUGUCAGCCAAAGUAUCAUUCAGAAAAAUAAAGCAACAAUAUUUAGGUUUUUGAGAGAUACAUUGGUUCACAUUUUGACCUGCUCAAUAUCUAUCUUCCAGAAGAGAACAUACAGUUCUUCAAAAUUAUACACAUCUUGCUAAUGAGAAAUAUCUUGGAAAAUCUCAUGGUCACUAAUUUUCAACUAGCAUCAGGUAUUUUGGAAAUGUGUGCCUGGAUAUUAACUCUUGUUUAAACUGAAUGUAUGAUAUUUUGUUAGAAUGGAAAAGUACUAUCUUGUUAAUUUAAGUGUUUUAAAUAUAGUUGUAUAUUUUUCUUACUCUUAGCCACAUGUAAUUGGAAUAUUUCUGUGUUGCGUCAUACUUGAAGCUAAUGAAAAAGUGUUCACAGUAUUUUCAGAUUUACAAGUGACUACCAUGGCCAUUCCCACCAUGGGAGCUAUUGUUAAAAAAGAAAAUAAAUUCUCCCAAGCAUUUUGGGAUUUUGUGGAUUAGAAAUGGAGAGGCUGAAGAAGCAUGUGUAAAGGAAAAUUACAACAGAGGAUAUUUUUAGCCAGAGCUGGUAUCUCCUACCCCAAAAUACCCUCUCCACACACUGCUGGAAUUAUUCACUUCGCUGCAAUGCCUGAAAUUCAACCAGUUAGAGAUUUACUGGAGUUAGGAAACAUCUUCCCUUUAAAAUGUCUGGUGAGGUUAAAGGAACUAGCAGCCAUUCACAUAUUAGUAUAAUUGAAUUUGGUCAGGUUGCUUUCCUAUCAAACGGGAUCAAAGGGGCAGCAAACUGAGGGAUAGAAGAGGCUUGGAGUGAGUGAUUUGUUGGGUGCUUAGUACAAUAUAAAGGCAGAGCAUGGGUGUGGGGAGGUCUGGGAUUAGCUGCAUCAUGAAAUAAAUAGCUUUGGAGGUCUCAUCUGGCAGGUAGCCCGUUUCCUGUGGGGAAAAUGUCUCUUGUGAAUGAAAUGGCCAACUUCAAGUGAGUUUUCCAAAGUCAGUUUUAACUGUAGGCAGUGCCCACUUAAAUUCCCUUCUAAGAGGUGUUUUUCAGACCCUGUUCCUGAAGCCUUAGGGGAAGGCGAGAGAAGUUUCUGGGGCCCUGACUUCAGUCAACCUCCAUAGCUUCAUUUUUAUUUAUUUUUAUUUGGGACUUUCUCUUGAAUUGUGUUUGAAAAAUGUAUUGCUGCUUAAAAAAAAAAAAAUGGCUUGUAAACCUCAACUAGUGACCUGAACAAUAGCUUAAUACUAAUUUCUCAGAAAUUUGUGGAAACUGCUUGCCUCAGUAGUAAUCCAGGCUUCAUGGUACAUGAACAUGUGUUUUCAAAGAUGCAGAAUGAUGCUUUUUGAUGUGAUACUUUAAAACAGUGAUUUUUUUUCCAAGUCUAGCAGACCCAGCUCAACAUCCACCCUUUUUUAUAAUCAAUAGUUUAUAAUAAACAUCAUUUUACAAUCCUCA